AUGCCCCUCGCCUCACAACUCUCCAGCUCAUUCUCCGCCGGCUCGUCAGCUUCGGCCGGCGCCAGCAGCAGCGCCGAGCACGUCGUCGGCUUGGUGCAGUCGCCUCGCCAUGCUGGUUUCCACACAAAACACUCGCCGGGAAGAAGUGGCGUCACCGCCUCCGAUCGUGGGCACACCAUGAAGAGCGAGGAUAUCGAGACCGAAGGCCGCCCGCCCUAUCUUCAUGCCAUGAUCGCCGGCGGCAUUGGCGGCUCAACGGGCGAUUUGCUCAUGCACUCGUUGGACACGGUCAAGACGCGGCAGCAGGGCGAUCCCAACAUCCCCCCAAAGUACACGUCCUUGGGACGGUCGUACUACACGAUAUGGAGGCAGGAGGGCCUAAGACGAGGUCUGUACGGCGGGUGGAUUCCCGCGCUGGGCGGCUCGUUCCCUGGCACCGUCUUGUUCUUCGGCACGUACGAAUGGAGCAAGCGGUUCCUGAUCGACCACGGACUGCAGCACCACUUGGCAUAUCUUUCGGCAGGAUUCCUCGGCGACCUCGCCGCCUCCGUCGUCUACGUUCCCUCAGAAGUCCUCAAGACCCGGCUGCAGCUCCAGGGACGGUACGACAACCCCCAUUUCCGAUCCGGCUACAACUACCGGGGCACGCUCGACGCCGCGCGCACCAUUGUCCGGACCGAGGGCGCCUCGGCCCUCUUCUACGGGUACAAGGCCACGCUGUACCGGGACCUGCCCUUCUCCGCGCUGCAGUUCAUGUUCUGGGAGCAGUUCCACGCCUGGGCCCGCGUGUACAAGCAGAGCCGCGAGAUAGGCGUGCCGCUCGAACUCGUCACCGGCGCAGCGGCAGGCGGCCUCGCCGGAGUCAUCACCUGCCCCCUCGACGUGGUCAAGACGCGCCUCCAAACACAGGUCAACGGACCCCCCUCGGACCACGUGUCCAAGUUGAAAGACGUGGCUUCCUCUCAGAAGCGCCACAUCUCGACGUCGUCGCCCAGCACGCACCGCCCGCAACCCGGUGCCAUCGCCCUCCAGACAUCCUCCGUCAUCACCGGCCUCAGGGUCAUUUACCGCACCGAGGGCCUGGCCGGCUGGUUCCGUGGCGUCGGCCCUCGUGGCGUGUGGACCUUCAUCCAGAGCGGGUGCAUGCUGUUCCUGUACCAGCGUUUGCUGCACCAGCUGGCGGUGCUGGUGCCCCCGGAGAGAGAGGACUUGUGA